UGCGAUGACCAUGAAGCGCAUGCUGGAUACCUCAUUUCCUGGAAUUCAUGUCGUCUUGGAAAACUACCCUCCACCCUUCCCAAAAUGCGCCCUCGGCAAAAUGAUGCCUUUUGUUCAAGUUGGAGCAAUAGCAACAUUAAUGGCUCGUGAUCAGAUUUUCCCUAGAUUUGGAAUGGUACCACCUCCGUGGCACUACUCACUGCGUGCCAAUAGGUUUGGAACCAUGCCAUCAGUCUGGAUGUUUGGCAAUUUUGCUCAGUCUCUUCUACAAAGUUCUGGCGUCUUUGAAGUUUACUGCAAUGGACAACUGGUCUUCUCAAAAUUAUCUGAGCAGAGGUUUCCUAGCGAGUUCGAGCUACGGGAGCUCAUUGGCGACAGAUUAUCAGAUUCUCAAAUUGGGAAAAAUCUGGAAAAGAUCUUGUACUAGACAAUGAUGUCAAGAGCACCCACGACCAUUUAUCUGUA